GAACUAACAGGACCCGCCGCCAGGGGCCACAUGGCGCGCAUCGGACGUCCGAGCGUCGAGGGAUCGCUGGGCCCAAAAGGAACCCAAGUCCCGCCGCUGUGGUUGAGAGCAUUUUUUCGAGGCCAGCGUUCUCGGACUGCAGGGUACAGACGCAGGCACCAUGGAGAGCAACAGCAGCGACACAUACGCAGCCGACCAGCGACGGCAGAACGAGCUGGUGAUAACGACGGCCGUCUUCACCAGCCUGUCUGUCCUCAUCGUCGCCACCCGCACGUUUGUUCGCGCGGCACUCAUUCGCAGGUUUGGGGCCGAUGAUGCCACCAUCUUGGUUGCCCUGGUGUUCUGCGUCGGCUACCUGGCCGAGGUGCUCCUCGGUAGGCACAACGGCAUAGGGCACGCCAUGUCGACCCUCAGCCUGGACAACAUGUACAACCUGAUCAGGAUCACGCUUGCCAUUCAGUGCACGUACUACGGCGCCGUCAACUUCAUCAAGUUCUCCAUCCUGCUCAUGUAUCUCCGCUUUGCAGUCACGACCGCCCUCCGCAGAGCGUGCAUGGCCAUGAUCGCUUUCCACUCGCUCUUCUUCAUCGUAUCCAUCGUCGUGACCCUGGCCCAGUGCCAGCCCCUGGCGAAGAUGUGGGACCUGACGGGUAGCGUGGACGGCAAGUGCAUCAACACCACGGCAUUCUUCUACUUCACGUCAGGCGUCAACAUCAUCACCGACAUCAUCAUCUUCGCCCUGCCCAUCAAGACCUUGGUGGGCAUUAACCGGCCCCGCCACGAGAAGAUUGCCCUUGUGAGCAUCUUCGGCAUCGGCACGUUCGCCACCGUCGUCGCCAUCGUGCGCCUGCACACCAUCUACACAUACACGCUCGCCACGGACCCCUUCCAGCAGAGCAUCCUGGUAAACGUCUGGUCAGUCAUCGAAAUCAACAUCGCGGUCAUCUGCGCCAGCGCACCGGCCCUCAAGCCGCUGUUCACGCCCCAGGCGCUCAUGAGCGCCCGCCAAGGGAGCACUCCGCCCAAACACUCCGGGUACGAGUACCACAGCCGGGACCGCUCGACUAUGCGGAACAAGAUCUCGGUCGGCAAGUCUUUUGCUACCGAGAGGGGUGAUGCUAUCCACCUAGGACCCAUCCCGUCAAGCAGCACCAAGAUUAGCGGGGGUAAUAUAGGCUCGGACUCGGCGAGUACCGAGCAGAUUCUCGCCGAUUAAAUAUGACCAGAAUAAAUAAUCUGUAAUGACUUUUACACCGAGACAUAUGUGCCCUGUCCGAGAUGUACGUAUCGAGGCGGCCGAGACUGCUGAAAUUCGAGGGCCACACGCAAGCUUCGCCAUCUCGAUAUCGGGGAGAUGGAUGAAAAAUGGGGGCAGAUAUCGUAUACAGCAAGUGAACGUCAGUACACUAUUUAGUCCAGGGGGGAAGUACUGGAUAGUUACAUUCCAGGGGGAUGUACUGGAUAGUUACAUUCCAGGGAGCAUGUACUGGAUAGUUACAUUACUAGUCGU